UCUUCCUAGAGAUUUUUUCAUCAAUCGUAUAUAUGGGGUCCUGUAAAUCAAAAACGGAUAAUAUCUUUGAUGUGGGUAGGUGGAUUAUCAACAAAGUAUAAGCCACUUACAUUAAUAAGGAUCUUAAUCUAUAAAUUCAGGUUCUAGGUUGUCCAUUAGCCACCAUAGAGAUCAAGAGUGAGUUUGAGAGAGGGAGAUGGAGAUCGGUUAUCUUUUGAAAGAAAAUUCUCGUCCCCAUGCAGUAUGUGUUCCCUUCCCAGCUCAAGGCCACAUAAAUCCAAUGCUCAAACUAGCAAAACUCCUCCACCAAAAAGGCUUCCAUAUCACCUUUGUAAACACUGAUUUCAACCAUAAACGCCUUCUUAAAUCUCUUGGCCCUGAAACCCUCCAAGGUCUCCCCACCUUCAGGUUCGAGACCAUCCCAGAUGGUCUGCCGCCGUCUGAUAUCGAUGCCACCCAAGACGUGCCAUCUCUAUGUGACUCCACAAAGAAGACUUGCUUAGGUCCUUUUAUAAGCCUUGUUUCAAGACUUAAUGAGUCGAAGGUUGAUCCUCCUGUGAGUUGUAUUGUUGCUGAUAACAUCAUGAGCUUCACUCUCCAGGCAGGGAGAGAAUUUGGUGUCCCUGUUGCUCUUUUCUGGACGGCGAGUGUUGCUGGUUUUGUGGCUUACAUGAACUAUCGCCAAUUGAUGGAAAAGGGUUUUGUGCCUCUCAAGGAUACAAGUUAUCUAACAAAUGGGUAUUUGGAUACAAUAAUUGACUGGAUUCCUGGAAUGGACGGCAUACAAUUGAAGUACAUGCCAAGCUUUGUUAGAACUACCAACGCUGAUGACUUUAUGGUCCAUUUUGCCCUCGGAGAAGUAGAAAAUGCCCGUAAUGCCUCUGCAGUAAUUUUCAACACAUUUGACAGAUUAGAACACGAGGUAUUGGAGCCUCUCUCAUCAAUUCUUCCUCCAAUCUACACCAUAGGCCCUCUCAAUCUCCUUCUCAAUAACCCAGUCCCAGACAAGAAUCUGGAUUCAAUAACAUCCAGCCUGUGGAAAGAAGAACCAGGCUGCCUCGAAUGGCUCGAUCUCAGAGAACCCAGUUCAGUUGUUUAUGUUAAUUUUGGCAGCGUCACAGUCAUGAAUCCAGAACAGUUGAUUGAAUUCGCUUGGGGACUUGCAAAUAGUGAGAAACCCUUUUUGUGGGUAAUAAGGCCUGAUCUUGUCACCGGAGACUCUGCGGUGCUGCCUGGAGAGUUUGUUAAUGGGACUAAACAGAGGGGUUUAAUGGUCAGUUGGUGUGCACAGGAGAAAGUAUUGAGACACCCUGCAGUGGGAGGGUUUUUGACUCACAGUGGGUGGAAUUCUACUAUGGAAAGUUUGGCUAGUGGUGUGCCAAUGAUGUGUUGGCCAUUCUUUGCAGAGCAACAAACGAACUGCUGGUUUUGCUGUGCAAAGUGGGGGGUAGGAAUGGAAAUUGACAAUGAUGUGAAGAGAGAGGAGAUUGAGAGGCUGGUGAGAGAGUUAAUGGAUGGAGAGAAGGGAAAAGAAAUGAAAAAGAAAGCAAUGGAGUGGAAGAGAUUGGGUGAGGAGGCCAUUGCUGGUGCUAGUGGGUCUUCUAUCAUGAAGUUGGAGAAGUUGAUCAAUGAGUUGGUUCUCACUCCCAAAAAUUAAAUUAAUUAAGAAUUCAAUUAAUGGAGAUAUAAUUUCAUUUCAAUAUAAAUUGAACAACAUAUAUGCUAUCAAUAUAAAUUGAACCAAACAAUCACAGUAUAUUCAGUUCAAUCGUAAAUUUAAUCCCACUUAGAAUUACAGUAUAUUCAGUUCAAUCGUAAAUAUAAUUCCACUUAAAACGUCCGAAAUC